AAGUGUCACUGAGGAAGCAGCACCCUUCGAGCUAAUGCUAUUACAUUAAUUUCUUCUAAUCUCCAUACUUUAAAAUUAUUUACCUUACGUUAUACAAAUAUGACUGACACUACUUUAGAUAAAACAAUCGUAACGUUGCGCUGUCGCUAAAUUUGAUCUGUUUUUUUACAAACAUCCGCGACUAGCUUGCGACUAGCUUGCGACUAGCUUGUAGCCCGUAGCCCGCUAGCAUCACCUACCGCUAGCCUUGUUUACGUUCCUUAUUUCUCAUUUACCGCUGUUUUGUUUAAAAAACAAAUAUGUCUGCUGUCUCUCCGGUCUUGAGUGCAGAUGAGGACUCGCUCGAGCUUCACAUGGUGCGGCUGGACAUGGAGGACGUGGAGAAGCAGAUCGGCGGCCUUCUCGAUAAGCAGGCCCAGCUGCUGGAGCGACAAACUGUGCUGGAAACAUCUUGUGCCUCUGCCCACAUAUCCAAGGUAAGGACACAGCGUGGUAUUUCCACUCCCAGCCCCUCUACGCCGUGUGUUUCUCUGUGCAGGGACCGUGCACCUAGGACUUUCCCAGCCGUGGUCUCCGUCACGCCGGUGCCAACACACCUCGGGCCUUGGGUGAACCAGCGGCGGAAGGCGCGGGCUGGACCCUCUCCACCUCCGGUGUUCAAUAUUCCAACCAGGAACCGCUUCGCCCCUCUCCGUCAGACCAGACCCAACGCUGUGAUCGUCGGGGACUCCAUUGUGCGGAACGUCCCUGUAGCCUCAUCUAAAGGUAAGAUGCGCACACACUGUUUUUCUGGUGCUUGUGUCCUUGAUGUCGCUGCGCAGGUAUCCAGGAUCCUGAAGAAGGACGAGCGCAUUGGAGCGGUUGUGCUGCACGUGGGGACGAACGACACCAGGCUGCGGCAGACGGAGGUUCUGAAGAGGGACUUCUCCAGCCUGAUCGAGACGGUACGAGGCAGAUCACCCACCACGAAGAUCAUCAUCUCUGGACCUCUUCCCACAUACAGACGUGGAGCAGAAAAGUUGUUUCGUCCUGAUGGCCUGCACCCCAGCAGCCUUGGAGCGGAACUGCUGUCAGACAACAUCUCCAAGGCGCUACACUCCAAGUGACUGCCUACCGUAAGUACAUCUUCCAAUAAUAACAACAUUCAGUAUAAUCAAUGUUCAAUUAAAAAUCCGGCACCGGUAAUACAUACUAUAGAGACUGUGUCUGUUCCCCGAGCUAUACAAAUAUAUAGAAAAUCUCGGAAAGUCUAUCUUCGUAACCUAAUUAACAUAAAAUUAAAUCAUAUUGAAUGCACAGCCAGCACUUUUGAUCUGAGGCUAGGACUAUUAAACAUUAGAUCUCUUGCGUCUAAGGCUCUUAUUGUUAACGACAUCAUUACUGAUCAGGAAUGUAAUUUAAUGUGUUUAACAGAAACUUGGAUUAAACCAAACGAGUACAUAGCAUUAAAUGAAGCCAGUCCUCCUGGAUACAGUUAUGUACAUCAGCCUCGUUCAACUGGUAGAGGAGGAGGUGUUGGUCUCAUCCAUAGUAAAAAUCUAGUCGUCACACAAAAACCUAAACAUAAAUUUAAUUCUUUUGAAAUUCUUCCACUGUUAUGCUGAUGAUACACAGUUGUAUGUUUCAGCGAAGCCAGAGGACAGACAGAAGCUUAGUAAAGUUGAGGAUUGUGUAAAGGACAUUAGACGUUGGAUGUUAACUAACUUCCUUCUACUUAAUUCUGAUAAAACAGAAAUACUUUUAUUAGGCCCACGUGUAGCUAGAAGUAAUCUUUCUGAUCACAUGGUUACUCUGGAUGGUCUUUCUGUUUCAUCAUGUACAGCAGUUAAAGACCUUGGAGUGAUUAUUGACUCCAGCCUAUCAUUUGAUGCUCAUGUAGAUAAUAUUACUAGGAUAGCUUUCUUUCAUCUCAGAAAUAUUUCUAAAAUAAGAAACAUAUUGUCACUACAUGAUGUGGAAAUACUAGUUCAUGCAUUCGUCACCUCUAGAUUAGAUUACUGUAAUGCCUUACUGUCUGGAUGUUCCAGUAGGAAUAUAAAUAAGCUCCAGUUAGUCCAGAAUGCAGCUGCUAGAGUCCUAACUAGAACUAGAAGAUACGACCAUAUCACACUGAUAUUAUCAAUACUGCAUUGGCUCCCAGUAAAAUCUCGCAUUAACUAUAAAAUACUUUUAUUAACCUAUAAAGCACUAAACGGUCUCGCGCCACAAUAUCUAAGCGACCUUUUGGUUUUAUAUGAUCCGCCACGCCUACUUAGAUCAAAAGAUGCAGGCUAUUUGACGGUACCUCGAAUAGUGAAGGCUACAGCAGGGGGAAGAGCUUUCUCUUAUAGAGCCCCACAGUUAUGGAACAGUCUUCCUAUUAGUGUUCGGGACUCAGACACAGUCUCAGUGUUUAAGUCUAGGCUUAAAACGUAUUUGUUUACUCAAGCCUACCCUGACUAGAUUCUGUUCUACUACUUCGCAGUCGUCAUAAUCUUUUUUCUCCCUCUCUCCUUUCGCCGAGCCCCACACGAAUUUAUGGAGAUACUAGAGAUCCAGAUCCUUUCUGCCUCUGGAUGGAGCUCAAAUCUUCUCUAAUUCCAGACUGCUGGGACUACGGCUGCUCCUAAGGCCAUACAGACUUCAUAUAAAUCCAUAAUGAACUUUUUCACACUAACUGUUGUUACCCAGAUGAGGAUGGGUUCCCUUCUGAGUCGGGUUCCUCUCAAGGUUUCUUCCUCUUAAAACAUCUUAGGGAGUUUUUCCUUGCCACCGUCACCACUCAGUGGCUUGCUCAGUUGGGAUAAAUUCACACCUUUAAUAUCUGUAUACCAUGUUGAUAUUUCUGUAAAGCUGCUUUGAGACAAUGUCUAUUGUAAAAAGCGCUAUACAAAUAAAAUUGAAUUGAAUUGAAUUGAAUAACAAAAUGUGGAAAAAGUGAAGUGCUGUGAAUAUUUUCCGGAUGCUCUGUAUCUAAUAUAAGACAAGCAGUAAUUUAAGACUGUGAUAGAUUUGACAAUGAAAUAAUUACUAAAGCUAACAUUGCUGACUUAUGGUGACAGACUAUCCCCUCCAUUUCCUAUCAGGGAAGCGGGGCACCCUUAAACAUUUCACCUUCAGAGCCAGGGAGAUGGUUCCCCCAUGAUUGCAUGACAGGAUAUUUUCACCCUUUCAUUUAUAUCACUUCUCAUAUCUCAUAUUUAUAUCAGUUUUCAUUUAUUCAUUCAUGGGCUUGCAGUA